UUGACGAUCAGUCACGAACGUCCAUCAUUACAUAGCUCAUUUUAAUUCAAUCGUGUUUUCAACCGUACGAAAAUAGCUCCCACAGUGCACAGAUAAAAUCUAAAUUGUUAUAGAAAUCCUAUGCAUCAACGCUGCUCGUUAGACGUUAAGAUUCGUUCGAAGUCGAAGUCAGAAAUUUAGCAAAUACAUUUAGGUGACUUUAAUUAGCUCUGCAGACUAGAACAUAAACCAUCAACGAUACCGUAUUGGAAAAAUGUAAUUUUCACGCUCAUUGAAACAAAUAAAUAAUUAUUAUCGCUAACACGACGGAAGUACGUCCGGUGGCGUCGCGUCUUCAGCAUUAUCGUUACUGCAACAUAUACAUAGUCAGAUGCACUGUGCGUGUAUUCCGGAAGGGGUAACACCACUAACACCCAAAGGAGAAGACUCACAUUACUGUUUCUCUUAUAGUAGCAGCGAGCACAUGGUUCAGUGACAAUAUGUCCAGGAAAAUGGGAGCUUCGACUCCUUCAUAUUACCCAUCCGAGGCCGAUUUCGUAGUCAAGACGCCUCAGAAGCCAGUUGAUGCCUGUAAACCUCGCCACCAUUCCGAUCAAAUACAAUACAUUAGCCUGAUUGGACUGAUGCAAGUAGUUACUGGAUGUCUGAUGGUCGUUUUUGGAGUGAUGUCGAUGUUACACGAGGCGUCCUUGUCCAGUGUGGGCGCCGGCCUUUGGAGCGGUGCAAUGGCCAUGGGCAACGGAGUAGUUGGACUGAUGGCUAGCUUAAACGGAUGUCUUUCGCCAGACAGGACACUGUCUCCACUCUCCGUUACAAUUUAUCUUGCUCUGUGUUUAGUGUCUGUGGGUGUUAGUAAUCUGGCCAUCAUACUUACAGCUAUUGGACUCCUGAAGGACUCACAGAAACCAUACUACAUCAUUCCAAAAGACAAGACGCAUUAUAAAACUUUGACAGCUGAUCAAUUACAGACAAAUUGGGCUCCCGUGUUGGCGAAUUUAGGUUUACUGCUAGCCACGUCUGUACAAUGUCUAACCACAAUGUUAGCCGCAUUCCGUUUUUACCGACUCGUUAAAUUGAUUGUGGCCGGCGAACAACAAACUUCAUGGUCAAAUUCAAGAUAUAGGAGUUCGUCGUGUUGCAGUUCAAGCGUUGGAAGCAAACAGAAACUUGUACAAAAAUGGUUAGUGCAACAAACACCAUCUCAACUAGACCUACCUCGUCAACAUACAAACUAUUCUGGAAAAGUUUACGGUAAUAAAAUGGGUGUUCACGACGAAACGAGAACCUUACCCAAGUGGAAAAGUCACCGAACGGCGCCAAAGCUGAAACCGUCAAGACCAGACAGAAGGGAAAGGAGACCGUCAAACGACGCCGCGGACGUGCACAGGGCAUACACGGGUAUGGACAGAGAGAUUGUUGAAGAAUUCAUUUCUGUCACUAUGGACCCAAAACAUUACAGCUGAUAUUGUGUAUUUUAUAUGUAUUAAUAGUAUAAGCGGGUUGAACAUUUUAUUAGGUAUACAAUUAAAAAGGCGUAUCAUCUUUUUGAAACGCAUUUGCCUACUAUAUUUCCGAUGGAAAUGUUUAUUCAAACAAGAAAACCUCUUAAGUGUUCAUUUAAAAAACGUAUUUUUAAAAUACUAUACGAAAGUACAUCUAUAGCAAAUGUAUGAAUUGUACAUGUGUACCUCUACGUCUAUAUAUAAUAACACAUAUUAUAUACAGAAUAUUAACACUGUACACUUUGUGUGAGAUAUUAUAAUACCGUUUAAAUUAGAUUUGAA